GAGGGAACAUAAUGAUGAUUCAAAUAGACUACGAAUAUAAUUAGCAUCGAUUGAUCGAACGACCACGUUCGCCUGUGCGUGUUUUGUAUACCUGCUAAAUGUACACAAUCUGUUCGUCUGUAACAUGGUCAUACCCGCAACUCGGUAUUUAGGAACGUUUACUCAAAGGAGAAAUUGACCUACAAAUGCUACAAUUUCCUGUCGAGCCAAGUACACGUGCCAAUUUCAAGUGCAAGUAGAAAACAGGAAGAAACCAGCUCCAUUUGUUUAUUACGUGAUUAUUCCUGUAUUCAGCUUCGGUCGUACGAUUAUUUAUUAUGAUCGACUGAUGCUAUUAACUGCUCUGCCCGAAUGAUGCUCGUGUAAAUGCGAAUGUUGAAUGUCUGUUGAUCGCUCAGCUCAGGUCUGUUGAGGAGGACACGGGAUCGAGAGGAACAGAACUUAUCGAGAAAUCACGAAACGACAAAGGUGCAGCGACUAAGAAAGAUCGAUGGCCGACGAGAGGAAAGAAACGUCGGAGAGCGAAGUCAUCGAGGGUAUGAACGUCGAUGAAGGUGUUGUUGGCGAGGUCUACGGUGAGGACAAGCAGACACAAUGUGGUAUUGGGGCAUGGCAUCCCCGUCGCUUGCAGUUCUGUAACAGUCCAAUCGGCUUCCUGAUAUGCCUAUGCUUCUUCGGUUUCACGCAAGGUAUGACGGUCAAUGGCAUCGUGUACGUGGUCACGACCACGCUCGAACGCAGGUUCAACCUCCCGAGCGUCCAGAGCGGCUUCAUCUCGAGCUCAUACGACUUCGGUGUCCUACUGGUCGUCGUCUUCGUCACGUACUUCGGAGAUAGGGCUCACAAACCGAGGUGGUUGGGGAUAGGAGCUUUGGGGUUCGCGGCAAGCUCGUUUCUGUUUUCCUUGCCGCAUUUCACGACUGGACGAUACCAGUACCAGACGGCAGGCAUUGACACUUGUUCACUGGAUGGCAACGUGACCCUUGAUCGGGAGUGUACGGGGAACUCUGGAGGCCUCAGUCACUACAUUGGUGUCUUCAUCCUUGCCCAACUCCUGCACGGAUUCAGUGCAUCUGGUAUCUACACAUUGGGUGUCACCUACAUCGAUGAGAAUGUUGAGACGAAACGCUCACCUCUGUAUGUGGGUCUCUUUCAGGGUAUGUCAACGCUUGGCCCAGCCUUAGGGUAUCUCAUCGGGGGACUCUUCUUAAACCACUAUACGGACAUCACCAUAGAUCAAGAAAGCUUAACGAUUUCGUCAGACAGUCCUCUGUGGGUUGGUGCAUGGUGGCUUGGUUUCAUCCUGACAGGAUGCAUGGCUCUAUCGAUCGCUCUUCCUUUCCUCAUGUUCCCAAGAUCUAUGCCAGCGGCCAAAGAGUUAGCUUUGAAGAGAGUAUCUCAAACACAGCAAGGUUCUGAGUUUGCUGCACGAGCGGGCUACGGGAACGCUUUGAAAGAUUUCCCCAAAGCUAGCUUAAACCUGAUUAAAAACAUCCCUUUCAUGUGUGUGAACGGGGCUGCCAUCACCGAGUGGUUUAUCAUAUCAUCCCUUGCGACAUUUGGACCGAAGUUUAUGGAAACACAAUUCAACAUUCCUGCAAGUGAUGCAGCAUUAAAAACAGGUUUUCUUGUCAUCCCUGCCAGCCUCUGCGGUGCCUUAGUCGGGGGCUGGAUUGUUACCUUCUUCAACUUUCAAUUUCGUGGAAUGAUUCGUUUCUGUCUGGGUAGUCUUUUAUUUGGCUUCUGUAUGUUGCCAGCAUUCUCCAUACAAUGUCCCAAUGUGCCUUUUGCCGGAGUGUCCAUUGCAUAUUCAAACACAGGAAAUAUUGAAGGAGAUGGAAUGUUAGAAAGCAAUGUGACCGCAUCUUGCAAUGCGGGAUGCGGCUGCCCCACUAGAUACGAUCCAGUGUGCGGGACUGAUGGUAUCUUGUACUACUCAGCAUGCUUCGCAGGUUGCUUAGAAACUGGGGAGAUAAACGGAGUGGAAAAGAUGUAUACUAACUGCACAUGUAUUGGUAACUCGACUAUUGACCCGGAAGUGCUUGGAGGCUCGGCAGAGCUGGGUCGCUGCCCCCAAUCGUGUUCGAAAGAAACUCUGUAUAUCUUUCUUACAUUUCUUCAGCUUUUGGGCACCUUUUUAGCCUUGGUCCCGUCCACCAUGGCCUCAAUAAGAUGUGUUUCGCACGAUCAGCGUUCGUUUGCACUUGGUAUUCAAUCGCUUUGCUUCAGAGCUUUCGGAACUAUACCCGGUCCGGUUGUGUUUGGCGCCCUCAUCGACCGGGUUUGUGUAUUGUGGCAAGACUCCUGUGACGGCUCGGCCUGCUUAAUUUACGACAACAAACAAUUCGGACUGACGGCACUGUUGCUCUGUAUGAUGCUGAGACUGUUAUCCAUUUUCUUCUUUAUAGGAGCGCUAGCGUUUUAUAAACCAAGUGGCAAUGAAAGGAUAAGUGUGGUAGAUGUGGAUCAAAAUGCAAUCGGAAGUUCAAGAGAGUCAGUUCAUAAAGAUGAUACUGCGUGAUAAAAGCUUUGAAUGAGCAUCUUCGAAAAGGGUAUUUUGUUACGGAUAUGUAUUUAUAUUUCUAAAUUUGAAACAAAUAAUAUAUAAUGACCAGCAGGCUUUUCAGUUGAAUUUUUCAAACGACUGUGUUUGAUCAUUUUAUUUCUAAGUUUCGUCGAGUCUCAUCCGCAGGAAAUGAAAAACGUGAAGGGUUAAACACAGGAUGAAAACAAAGAAGUGUGCAAACUUAAACGAGUAAUGCAUUUCUCUUAAUUUUCUGUGUCUUUGAUUUAUGACUUCUUCCACUUUUGAACAUUGGGACCAAGUGAUGCUUUCGUGACAUUAUUUUGUCAGAAUUUUCUAUGCAAAUAACUUAUUGGUAGGAGUGGAAUGAGGCUGAAAGAGAAUCGUGUGAAAAUCGAUUCGACUGUAAUCUUUUCAACUUAAGUCGACUAUAAACGAAAAGUUGUCUGUCAACAUGGCUAGAUAAUUAUCAAGCCAAGUUGAAAUAUAAAAAAGUUGUAUGUCGACUUGGCCAGAUACAUUAUCUCGCCAGGUCGACAUAUGAAAAGUUAUAUGUCAACAUGGCGUGAUCAUAAUCACGCAUUACUGACUUAUAAAUAGUAAAUGACGAGAUUUAGUUUUAUAUCAACACCAUGCAGGCACCUUAUCCCGUAAUUGGAAACGAAUCCUGGCCGAUGCAGUGUGGCUAGUUAUAUACCAACAUCCAUUGGCGCGCGGUGUGCACCUCUGGAUAUAAAAUUAAAUCUCGCCAAUAAUUGCUAUAUGUCAACAUAGCGAGUUCAUGUAUCUCGCCAUGUUGACGUACAACCUUUCAUAAGUCGACUCGAUGAAAUAAUGUAUCUCGCCAUGUUGACAAAAAAACUUUUUUAUAUCGAACUGGCAAGAUAAUUAUUUCGCCAUCACGAUGUCGACAUACAACUUUUCAUAUGUCGACUUGGCGAGAAAACGUAUCUCCCCAUCUUGACAAGUCGAUGGCACUUAAAAACCUCCGUAAGUUGUAGCAGAAACGUACUAAAUUCUCCCGAUAAUCCUUACACACUUUUUAUUCAUAUAUCAAUAGAAACUUUCGGUUGAGAAAAAAACCCUCAAAAUACUCUGAUUAGAUAGCGAUAUGAAUAUAUUUUUUGUUUCUUUCCGCUUUUAAUAUUUUCAGCAUGCCAUAUUUUCUUUCUCAGGGAACAUGUAAAAAUUGACGAAAAAAAAACACAUUGUUUUGAAAUAAUUAUAGAGCAUUUAAUUUUUAUAUAGCAAAUAAGGGUCAACCAUACAUUGAAUUGCCCUGUUGAUUUCCCACUUCUGGAAUGGAUUUUUAACUUUUUAAAAUGAAGUAACGAAUGUGGGGGGGGGGGGGGGUUAUGGUUCAAUUAUUCAUUUUGUGAAACUGCUUAUAAAGUGUAAUCCAACAUUGGUCAUAAGAUAUAUGGCGUCGGUUUAGGUAAUCUCUGGCACAAUUUCAAGGACUGCAUAAAACAGUAUUCUUUGUGCACGUUUUUUUAAUGAAAACUAGAUUCACAGUAAAAACGUGUGUAAUUUAUGAACUUACUAUUUCAAUAAUACUUUCAUCUCAAUAAUGUUAUUAUUUCAAUCAGGUUUUUUAAAAUGAAUUUUAACGACAAUGUAAAAUUUUACAAAACAUCUAAGCGUUAUAUAUAACUUUCUCACCCCCACUAAACCCCAAUAUUUUCACACAUUCAACUCAUAAAUUGUUUGCAUUGGGCCGUGUUCUGAAGUCAAGUUUAACUUAGACCACGGUCAAACUCUGUGCUAAUAUUAUGGGAAGCCAACUAUUAAAAAAAUGUUUUUAUUGUAUAUUUCUUAUGUUUACUAUUUUGUUUCAUUAUGCUUUCAUAAUGAAGAAAAAUACUUCAGUUAUCAUUCCCAGACAAUUAUGAACAAUUUGGGUGUCAUAUGAGUUAAUGAAUGGAGUGUAUACUGUUAGGGACUUGGGCCCCAAAUUGGCUCUCCAUAGUUAAACCACAACUUUAAACCAGGGUUUAAUUUAAACCUGAGUUCAGAAUACGGGCCAUGUUUAAAAUAUUAUAAUACAUCAUAUAUAAAAUCUAUACGGGAUCUCUAAUUUUAUUGUGUUUUUAUUGAGUGUAAAUGUAUUUUUUUCUACGUUCAAACAUUGGAGCCCUUCUGAUUAUGUCAACGAGUAAUUAAUGAUUCACCCUAAAAAGGACUGGGCUAUUUGAGAUGUACUGAGGACUGGGGGGCAUGAUGCCCCCCUUCUGAUCUCGACCGCCGUUCGCGCCAAAAUCUGGGACGCACAUAAACUACAAGCCAGUAUAAAAAUCUGAAAAUAAUUAAUUCUAUUUAGUAUGAAUAAAAUAUGCAAAUUUAUUCGUGAAAAUCAUUAUUUGAAAAUUUAACACCCAAUUUAAAUUUUCCUCUUUUUUACCAGAUGUCAUCUUUGUAAUCUAAUUUACAGGUUUUCACAAAGAAAAAUUUUUCCUCAUGUAUUUGUUUUAAGAUUUUCUUAUGUAUAUCUUUUUUUUUUCCUUGUUAUUUUUUUUUUCAAUGGAAUUUAUUGCAGACCAUUUAACAACUAAAUUAAACCCUAAAUUAAUUAAGCAGACCAAUUAGAACGAAAAAUAAUCACCCUUAUAUGAAUUUCAUCUCCCAUAGACUUUGUACACAAAAAUGAGCCAUUAAGUCACGUGGCGUCGCGAUGCUAUACCCGUGCGUCGCGAUUGAGUUGCCCGAGACUUCAAAGAAAAAAGUCUUUAAAAAUUGCGGUGCUUUCAUUUUGCAUUUGGGAAAUAUCGCGCGAAGCAUCAAGGGGGGGGGGGGAUGGGGCAUCAUGCCCCCCAGUCCUUUUAGGGUCAAUCUUAUGAAACUUUAUACCAAGUGGAUUACAGGGUCAAAAGGAUACAGGGUAUUUUUAUCAUUCCUUGUGAGAUAUUCAGUAAAUGUGCUAAUUCGUUAAGUGCCUGAAAACAAAGACUAUGCUGUCGGGGCUUCUAUUAAACACAAAGGUUUGCAGUAAAUAAGGGGACAUAACAAUGACCAAUCAAUAUGACUGGGUGCAUGAGUUUGAGGAUCUCCAAAUCCACUUACAACUAAUCUAUCGUUGUUUCAAAAUUUCAAUGAUCAGUAAUCUUUGUGUAACGGUGCCUGAAAAGUAUUAGGAGUAUACAUGUAUUGCUUGAUUAAAAUGUAAAUGUUUUCACAUCAGUUACGUCCAGUUCAAAGUCAUAUGCGUUAUUUUUAAUGUCAGUUUGUUAAUUUGUUUUCUUUUAAAUGCAUAUGUAUUUGAAAUUAUCUUGCGAUAUGAUUUAUUUCUAUGAUGUGAUAAAUUUACUUUCGGUAGAUACAGAAGAAAUUACAUUUUUGAGUGGGAUUUACUAAAUGAGUCCAUUGGGAAAGGUGACGUCAAAAAGGUGCAUUUUUCUGAUUUUUAAAGGCAACUCAAUGUCACCUUGGACUUCUCCUUUCGAUGAAAAGAAAAAAAAAUCCCAAUCUGGAAGUGGUUUGUUUGUUGCCAAUAUAUUUCAGCCAAGAAGAUAAUACUAACUAAAGAAGUUAUCCAUUAAAAGGAUGGUUGAAUAAGCGGGAUAUCUUUUCCCGAAUGCAUGUAUGUGUAAAUAUCACUUCGACGCAAUAGCACAAUAACUGCAAACUAGUAUAUACAUAUGCAAUUUACAUGAAAUAGUGCACAGUCACGUUAAACGAAAUAAGAAUGGAACUGCAGAGUAUGACCAUAAAUAUGAUAAAUGAGAUAUUUGUAAAGGAUAGCUUGCUUAUCACGAUUCUAUACCUAAUUAUGGAAUGGUGAGCCGCAAUGUGCAAUAUCAUUACAAAAUUAACGGGGGCUUUAGAAAUAAUAACCCACACAUUACCUGUAAAACCAUUCUUACACGCCAAAGGUAAUAGCCGAAUUAUACUGACCGAACAUAUUUGUUUUCUGAAUAUUAAUGGCGUGAAUCCUAAUUUGGCGAAUUUUCCUCAUAUCGAAACUUUGACCAGGUAUUUGUUUAUAUGACCUGCCAUCAUCGAUUUGCAUUUUAGGCAAGAUGGAUCAUGUGUAUGCUGUCAGUUAAUGGUUUGAAUAGGAUCCAUUCAGACGUUUGAAAGCAUCCCAAUGUUUCUUAUCAAUGGACAUUAUUUUCAUCGAUGAUGAGACCGUUAUUACUCGUGUCUGUAUUCAUGAAGUCUCAUCGUCAAGAUUUAAAACGAACAUGAAAGAGUUCUGAGUAUUAUUCAGAAUUUAAGUUGGUCCAAAUGCAAUGACAUGGACAGAGUUUUUAGUAUUAUUCAGAAUUUGAGUAGGUCCAAAUGCAAUGACUUUUAAUUUCAUUAUCCUUCUUGAUAGCUUUAUAAUUCUUUUACACAAUAAGUACAUAAUUAUUUUGUGAUGAAGAUUAGGAUUGUUGGUGUUUGUUCUUUUUUUAUUCUGGUGUCGCUUGAUCUCAACCAAUAAAUACAUGUAUGCGAUAUUUUUUA